AUGUCCAACACUAGCGAAGAUAACAUUACCGUAAGGUUUGUAACCGAAAACGAUAAGGAGGGUUGGCAAAGGCUUUGGAAAUCCUAUCAAGAUUUUUAUGAAGUCUCUUUUCCCGAUGACUUGGACGAUUUCAAUUUCGGCAGAUUCCUAGAUCCUAACAUUAAAAUGUGGGCAGCCGUAGCUGUGGAAAGUUCGAGCGAAAAAAUUAUUGGAAUGAUAAACUUUUUCAACCAUAUGACUACUUGGGAUUUCAAGGACAAGAUAUACAUCAACGAUCUCUAUGUUGAUGAGAAUUCUAGGGUCAAAGGCGCGGGCGGCAAACUAAUCCAAUUUGUCUACGACGAAGCUGAUAAACUGGGCACACCAAGCGUGUAUUGGUGUACGGAUGAGUCAAACCAUAGAGCUCAGCUGCUAUACGUCAAGGUCGGCUAUAAAGCCCCAAAAAUAUUAUACAAGAGGAAGGGAUAUUAA